AUGUCGUCCUCCGCAGAGGUGGAUUACCGGCUUCCGACGAAUGUUAAGCCGACACAUUGCGAUGUCACUGUUCGUACCAACCUCGUCGACGACAAGUUUGACGGGAUUGUCACGAUCGACCUAGAUGUCAAGAAGGAUACAACCAAGAUCGUGUUCAACACAGCUGGUUUGAGGCUUUCCGACGUCAUGCUCACCACUUCAGGCGCGAAGUCCUUGAGCCUUACUCCAGCUUCUAUCGACUUUGACGAGACGAUGGAGCGCUGCACACUCGAAUUUCCCGGAUUGUGCCGACGGGGCGACUUAACGGACUCACUCAUGGGUUACUACAAGUCAGUCGGAGGCGAAGACGAGGUGUAUGCCUUGACGCAGUUCGAGCCUACCGCUGCGCGCCGUGCCUUUCCUUGCUGGGACGAGCCGUUGCUCAAGGCGACUUUCAGCGUGACCAUGAUUUCGCGCGCGGACACCGUCAAUCUCAGUAACAUGCCCGUCGAAUCGGAGGACAUCUUCGACCCCAAUGCUGGCAAGUUCGAUGACACAGUGACAUGGUUGUCCGAUGUAUUAGCAUCGCUUGGUCUGGCACAAGGUGAAAGCGAGAAGUGGAAGAUCACACGAUUUGCAAAAAGCCCGCCAAUGUCAACGUACCUCGUCGCAUUUGCGAACGGCAGGUUUGAGUAUUUGGAAGGUUCGUACACGAGCCCUCUCAGUGGGAAGACGCGUCCGCUGCGUGCUUACGCGACGAAGGACAUGGUCGAAAAAAUGCAAUUUGCUCUCUACGUGAAGGAGAGGGCGCUCCCUCUGUAUGAACAGGUGUUUGAUAUCGAAUAUCCGCUGCCGAAACUCGACACGCUCGCUGCCCACGACUUCGACAUCGGUGCCAUGGAGAACUGGGGUCUCAUUGCUGGUGGUACCUCUUGCUUCGCUCUUGAUCCUGACUCGGAGGACGUGCAGACUAAGAAGGAUAUUGCAAGUACACAAUGCCAUGAGGUUGCGCAUAUGUGGUUCGGCAACAUCACUACUAUGGAAUGGUGGGACAACCUCUACUUGAACGAAGGCGAGUCAAUUGCUUCGCAACCCUGGAUUUUUCCUGAGUGGAGACUCCAUCCCGCUUUCAUCACCGAGCAUCACAAAUGGGCUCUUGACGCUGACGACAACCUGUCGUCCCAUCCCGUGGAACUCGAGUGUCCCGACGCCGAGAUGGUCAACCAGAUCUUCGAUGAUCUGUCGUAUUCGAAGGCGGCUUCUGUGCUACGCAUGCUCUCGAGUUACGUCGGCGAAGAGAAGUUCCUCAAGGGCGUGUCGAUCUACCUGAAGAGGCACCUGUUCGCGAACAGCGUCACUCGUGACCUCUGGGAAGGUAUCCAAGAAGCGAGCGGUAUCGACGUCCCGCAGAUGAUGGACAAUUGGGUCAAAAAGGUAGGAUACCCGGUGCUCACCGUCAUGGAGAACCCCAACGGCAUACACGUUCGUCAAGAUCGCUUUCUCAGUACAGGGCCGGCACAGCCGAAGGACAACGAGACGAUCUGGACAGUCCCCUUGAGUCUGCUGACCGUCAAUGAUGAUGACAGUGUUGUGAUCAACAAAAACGAGGUCCUUGACCAACGCGAAAAGUCGAUCGCAUUGGAUGCCAGCAAACCGUGGAAACUCAAUGCGGGAACGGUCACCCUCUGCCGUGUGCUGUAUUCACCAGAGCGACUCGUGAAGAUCGGUCGGGAAGCAGCGAAAGCGUCGUCGCCGUUCUCCAUCGAGGAUCGCAUCGGGCUCGUCGAUGACGCAUUCGCGUUGAGCAAGGCAGGCUACUCGGACGUCAGCGCGGCCCUGGCGCUGACCGACGUCCUCCGCAAUGAACCUGAGUACCUCGUCUGGCAAAACAUCCAGAAGAACCUGCUGCUCCUCCGCUCGGUCUGGUGGGAAGACGCGGGCAUCACGCACUCGGUCGAAGGCUUCCUCGCGGAGCUCUUCACGCCGCUCGUCGACACGCUCGGCUACGAGUAUUCCAGCCAGGACUCUGCGGACACGCGGGAGCUGCGGACGUUGGCGAUCGAGGGCGCGGCAUCCGGGAAGUCGCCCAGGGUGGUCGAGGAGCUCCGCGGCCGCUUCGCCCAUUGCAUGAGGACCGGGGAUGAGAGCAAGAUACCCCCAGAGUUGGAGGAGGUCGCGUACAUAGUCGCCGUGAGGGAGGGCGGCCGGCAGAGUGGGAGCCGUCAAGCAGAUCGCGCUCAAGCCGAAGAACCCCACGACCGGGGCCGCGGCGCGCAAAGGCCUGGCGCACACGCAGGACCCGGCCGUCGCGGGGGCCACCUGGGGCUUCAUGCUGCGGAGGUGCGCACGCCGGAUCGGUUCCGGGCGGACUACGGGGCGCUGGACAAGCGGUUCGAGGGCAACUACGGCUUCCAGGAGAUCGUCGCGUCAUUCCGCAACUUGUCGACGGACAGAGACCAUGAGGAGACCGCGCAGUUCUUCGAGGCUAGUCUCAACAAGGAUACCGGGAAGUACAAGAUGAGACUGGACCAAACGCUAGAGGACAUCCAGGUGCGGUCGGCGUGGGUGAAGCGAUCGACGGCGGACAUCCAGAAAUGGUUCGCGUCUCGCAAGAACGCGUUGUAG